AUGUCGUCAAAAGCAAUAUACGAAGCGAACGGAAAAGAUUUGAUAAACAGACACAUUGGGUCAGGCACAGCGCUCGUCCCCUGCCGCUUUGCUGUGUUCGAACAAGGGACAAUAUGGGAGGACGAACUUGGGAAGAACCCAUGGUUAAGUAAGGAGCAAUUAGUGGUCAAACCCGAUCAGCUGAUCAAACGGCGGGGCAAACUCGGUCUCGUCGGCGUGAACAAGAACGCUGCUGAAGUGAGGAAAUGGAUCAGCGAGCACUGCGGCAAGGAGCAGCAGGUCGGCACUGCUGUCGGCAAGCUGCGGCGGUUCGUCGUCGAGCCGUUUGUCAAACAUCAGGCUAACGAAGAAAUGUACCUGUGCAUCCAGUCUGGAAGGAGAUCUGACACAAUCAUGUUCCACCACCAGGGCGGAGUCGACGUUGGAGACGUCGACGCUCUGGCUGUACGACUUGACGUACCCGUUGACACGUUUCCGACGGGCGAAGAAAUCGACACAGUGCUUCUAGCCAACAUUAAGACACCGGCGAUAAGAAGAAUGUUGUCAACCUUCAUUUUAUCCCUCUACCGAGUGUUCGUGGACCUCUGUUUCACUUACAUGGAAAUCAACCCCAUCGUGGUGACGAAUGAGAGGAUCUACCUCCUGGACCUGGCCGCCAAGCUCGACCAGACAGCGGACUUCAUGUGCGCGAAGAAUUGGGGGGAAAUAAGCUUCCCUCCACCGUUUGGUAGAGACGCGUACCCCGAGGAGGCGCAUAUUGCGGACUUGGACGCGAAGAGUGGGGCCAGUUUGAAGUUGACAAUCCUCAACAAAUCGGGCCGGAUUUGGACAAUGGUAGCAGGGGGCGGAGCCUCUGUAGUUUAUACGGACACCGUAUGCGCGCUAGGUGGCGCUGCGGAGCUCGCCAACUACGGCGAGUACUCGGGCGCACCGACCGAGAGUCAAACCGCGGACUACGCUAAGACAAUAUUCAGUCUUAUGUGCAGGGAUAAACAUCCUAAUGGAAAGGUGCUGAUCAUCGGUGGUGGUAUAGCCAACUUCACAAAUGUGGCGGACACCUUCCGCGGUAUUAUCACGGCCAUAGAGACGUACAAGGACGCGCUUCUGCAGUACAAUGUCACGAUAUUCGUUAGGAGGGGAGGUCCCAACUACCAGGAGGGCCUUAGGCAAAUGCGCGAAGUCGGUCAUCGCUUGCGCAUACCGAUGUACGUGUUUGGACCAGAGGCCAACAUGACGGCGAUUGUUGGGCUCGCUUUGGGCCAAGCUCCGAUCCCAGCAGACCAUCAACUGGACUACGCGCCGAAGCAGUUGCCGAAACCACAGGUUGCUCCGGCCCCCAAAAUCGAGUUGCCGGAUUUGACUAACGCUCUCCUAGACCUGGUGUGCUCUCAGGCCCCGACCAAGAUGGAUUUGGGGCAGCAGAUGUCCACAGCUAGACCGCUGUUCAGUGACAGAACAAAAGCUAUUGUAUGGGGCAUGCAGAAUAGGGCCGUGCAGGCUAUGUUGGACUUCGACUACAUAUCCCGGCGCGCGGAGCCGUCCGUAGUGGCAAUAGUUUAUCCGUUCACCGCUGAUCACAAACAGAAGUACUAUUUCGGAAACAAGGAAGUUUUCAUUCCAGUGUUCUGUGACAUGGACGUUGCGAUGCGGAAACACCAAGAGGCGACGGUUCUCGUCAACUUCGCUUCUCUGCGGUCAGCGUAUGACAGCACUAUGCAGGCGAUGCAACACCCACAAAUUAACACAAUCGUAAUCAUCGCUGAAGGUAUUCCCGAAAAUAUGACGAGGAAGAUCGUCAAACUCGCUGAUGCUAGGGGGGCUACAGUGGGCGGUAUCAAGCCAGGUUGCUUCAAGAUCGGAAACACAGCCGGCAUGAUUGACAAUAUUAUUGACAGCAAACUCUACAGGCCGGGAAGUGUGGCCUAUGUCUCCCGUUCUGGUGGUAUGAGUAAUGAGCUGAACAACAUUUUGUCCAAACACGCUGAUGGUGUCUGCGAAGGAGUCGCCAUCGGAGGAGAUAGAUAUCCUGGAACCACCUUUAUUGACCAUCUUUUGAGAUUUGAAGCUGACCCGAACGCCAAAAUGCUGGUCCUCCUCGGGGAAGUGGGUGGUGUUGAGGAGUACCACGUGUGUCGCGCCAUCAGGGACGGUCUAAUCACCAAACCCAUAGUGGCGUGGUGUAUAGGAACAUGUUCAGAUAUGUUCACGGCUGAAGUACAGUUCGGACACGCGGGUUCGCUCGCCGGCUCCGCUUUAGAGAAGGCGGUCGCGAAGAAUGCCGCAUUGAAAAAAUAUGGCGUCACUGUGCCCGAGUCGUUUGACACUCUUGGCGAAGCUGUCAAUAAGGUCUUCAAGAAACUAGUGAAAGAGGGCAAAAUUAUUGAAAAAGACGAGGUGGAACCACCCAAAGUACCGAUGGACUACGACUGGGCCAGGAAAUUGGGCCUCAUCCGUAAACCAGCGGCGUUUAUCAGCACCAUUUGUGAUGAACGGGGCCAGGAGUUGAGCUAUUGCGGUGUUCCCAUCAGCCAGAUCCUGGAACGGCAGUUGGGUGUCGGUGGAACCAUCAGUCUCCUGUGGUUCCAACGGGAGUUGCCCGAGUGGGCGUGCAAGUUCUUCGAGCUGGUUCUCAUCGUGACCGCUGACCACGGACCGGCGGUGUCCGGCGCCCACAACACCAUGGUCACCGCGAGGGCUGGGAAGGACCUCAUAUCGUCAAUUGUGGCUGGACUGCUGACUAUUGGUGACCGUUUUGGUGGAGCCCUGGAUAGAGCGGCGGCUGACUUCUGUUCCGCUUACGACCGCGGCCAACACCCCCAGGAGUUUGUCAACGAGAAGCGGGCGAAGGGGGAACUGAUUAUGGGAAUUGGGCACAGGGUGAAGUCGAUAAACAACCCCGACUCGAGAGUGCGCGAGCUAAAGGCGUACGUGACGUCGCGCUGGCCGGCGUGGCCCGUCACCAGAUACGCCCUGGACGUCGAAGCGAUCACCACCCGGAAGAAGCCGAACCUCAUUCUCAAUGUGGACGGUAUAAUUGCCGCGGCCAUGGUCGAUAUGUUCCGGCAUUGUCAACUUUUCACACAAGAGGAGGGUAACAACUACAUCCAUAUGGGCACAAUCAACGCGCUGUUCGUGCUGGGCAGGACUAUCGGUCACAUCGGACACUAUCUCGACCAGAAGAGGAUGAAACAGCCACUGUACAGACACCCAUGGGACGACAUCACAUAUAUGUCCCCUCUGAACUAA